AUGAGAGUCUCCUCUCUGGUUCGAAGACUCCUUUUAGCUGCGGUGUUGCUGCCCGUGCCCCAUUUCGUGUUCGCUCGCCAUGAUGCCCUGGGCCACAGGCUUCGAGAACGCGAUGCGCCGCCACCAGGUCUCGAUGUGAAGCAAUCCAGGGCCAGGGCCAUCGAGGAAAACGGGAAGGGCGCAGCGGAGGAAUACCAGCCAUAUAGCUGGGGCUAUGGGUACGGAUACCCUCCUGAUGAGCCUGAGGCUACGUCAACAGAGGAGGCUUCGGGGGAGGGAAUGCCUGCCACCAGCAAGGAAGCACCCUCAGCAGACAUCUCGUCUGGUGGUACGCGUGGGACACUUGCCGCUAACAACACAUCAUUCGUGUCUGGUCCCACGGCUGGCGCCUCCAAGACGUUCUUCUCCGGAAGCCAGUCGUCUGCAGGUCCGACGGAAGUCACUGGAAGCUCAGGGUCCCCCUCUGAAAAUCCGGAUAGCUCGACAACGGAUGGUCCGUAUCCGCCAGAGAUGUCUGAGACCACAAACCCGGCCGGUAAUGGCAUAUAUCCCCCACAAUCCUCUUCCAAGUCCGCGUUAUCGGGCGCCUUUCCAGGGAGUUCGUCCAGCCGGUCUUCAUCAGGACCCGCCAGUAUCUCCAGUAGCAACAGCGAGGGUGUCGGGCUGCCUGAGCCAAGUCUGACGGGCCUAAACAGCUCUACGGCUGCGUUGCCCUCACAAGAGUCGACGACGGACACAUCUCUGUCCCCUUUCAACAACUCCACGAUGAGCAUGUCUAGGCCACUCGGGUCUAUCACGCCCGGCGUCAUGUCGCCCCCUGUGCUGUCGGCGUCGGCUUUCCCAACAUGGACUGCCACGCCGUCAAGCAUCUCUGCCACAGCUCCUGCAGGGGCUAUCUCAACCCCUGCUUCGAGAAGUCUCCUGUCGACAUUGAGCGUUCCUAGCAAUGUAACGUCUCCCAGCACCACAGAAUGCUACAGGUAUCUCAUCGGCUCCCGUGAUGGCCUCGGCGUCGACACCUUUCAAUACUACUGGGGGUCUGACGGCUUCAAGUUCAGGGACAGCCGCCGGGACGGUGACCAUACCGACUGCGCCAGCGUCACCUUCCAACUCAACCGUGGUGACCAUGCCGGCGUUACCAACUGGUACACCACUGUCGUCAGCACUGGCGAACUCGUCAUAUCCUCCUGGCCUCCUCAACACCACGACAGCCUCGGUACCGGCAUCCCUGACUGCGAGCGUUCUUCCCAGCCUGUCCAAUGGCACCUCGGCCGCUCCCAGCAGUGGCGCGGUGGCGGGCGUCUCAUCCUCACCCAAUGGCUUCGUACCAACGCCUAG